GCAAGGUAGGGGUGGAAUAUUAUUGCUUAUACCUAGAUUUUCCCCCAACGUCUCAUGUGGUUUUUCAGAGGUGGCUGAAUCUAGGGUGUUUGAAUGGAAAUUAAAGGUGGGAUACUGAGAUUAGUGCAGAAUUAGUCAGCUUCUUCAGUUGCCACAACCUUGGAUAAACAAACAGCAGGAACUCAGGAACAAAAGGUGCCUUAAAAACCUAUAGGCUGUAAAGCCAUCUACAGAGUCACCUGUCAUCACACGUGCUCCUCAGUGUGUCCUGCUUCCUGCAUUGGCCAUGACAGGGUGGAGCUGUUUGCUGACAGGAGCAGGAGGCUUUCUAGGCCAAAGGAUCAUCCAAUCGUUGGUGCAGGAGGAGGGACUUCAGGAGGUCAGAGCCCUGGACAAGUUCUUCAGACCAGAAACCAAGGAAGAAUUCCCUAAGCUGCAGACAAAGACCAAGGUGACAAUGAUGGAAGGAGACAUUCUGGAUGCUCAGUGCCUAAGGAGAGCCUGCCAGGGCAUCUCAGUUGUCAUCCAUACUGCUGCUGUUAUUGAUGUGUCUGGUGCCAUUCCUAGACAGACCAUCAUGGACAUCAAUCUGAAAGGAACCCAGCACCUGUUGGAGGCCUGUGUGCAAGCCAGCGUGCCAAUCUUCAUCUACACCAGUUCAGUGGAGGUAGCUGGGCCCAACUCCUACAAGGAGAUCAUCCAGAAUGCCCACGAGGAUGAGCACCAUGAAAGCACAUGGUCUACUCCCUAUUCAUACAGCAAAAAGCUGGCGGAGAAGGCUGUGCUGAAAGCUAAUGGCUGCACGCUGAGAAAUGGUGGCACCCUGCACACUUGUGCCUUGAGACCCACCUACAUCUAUGGAGAAGGAAGCCCAUUCUUAUAUUCUGUGGUGAAUAUGGCCCUCAAAAACAAUGGGAUCCUGAAAAGUACAGGCAAAUUCUCUAUAGCCAACCCAGUCUAUGUUGGUAAUGUGGCCUGGGCCCAUAUUUUGGCCUCCAGAGCUCUGAGGGACCCCAACAAGGCCCCAAACAUCCAAGGACAGUUCUACUAUGUCUCAGAUGACACACCUCACCAAAGUUAUGAUAAUCUCAAUUAUAACGUGAGCAAAGAAUGGGGCCUCUGCCUUGAUUCUGGCCCGAGCAUCCCUUUGUCUCUAAAGUACUGGCUUGCUUUCCUGCUGGAAAUGGUGAGCUUCCUGUUGAGUCCAGUUUACAAAUAUCAACCCCCCUUUAACCGCCACUUACUGACCCUGUCAAAUAGCGUGUUCACGGUCACUUAUAAGAAAGCUCAACAAGAUCUAGGGUAUGAGCCACCCUUCAGCUGGGAGGAAGCCAAGCAGAAAACUGGGCAGUGGAUCAGCUCGCUAGUGCAGCAGCACAAGGGCACUUUGAAGACAAAGACUCAGUGAUGUGGCCAUGACAGGGAGGGGUUCUGGGUGAUGCCUGGAGCUACUUAUAUUCUCCUUCCAUCUGGGUUCCUCCAGAAUGUGACAAAGGCACAUGCCCAUGUCCUACAGCCUCCCACUCACACAAUGGCAACUUAUGGUUUUCCUAAAAUCACCAGAUGCCUGUUGGUAUCAUUUCCCCUUGCUACUCAUAAAGUAUUUUCUUCUUCUGGAAAAUUUACACUGCUUCACAAAGCACUAUGUAAAAUAAAAUAAAAGUUUGAAUUCCUAA